UUCCCACAAGAACCCAAACUAAACGGCCGGGCCCCUGUGCUGUGCAGGCUGCUGCAAUGGCCUCCCCCUCCGCCUCCGAUGGCGAGCUCUCGCCGUUCCCGGUGGAGGCGCGCCGCAUCGUGGUCACCCACCGCCUCCCCCUCCGCGCGGAGCCCAAUCCGGACGCGCCGCACGGCUUCGAUUUCUCCCUCGACGCCGACGCGCUCCCGCACCAGUUCGCACGCGGUCUCCCCCGCCCCGUGGUCUUCGUCGGCGCGCUCCCCUCCGCCGCCGCGUCGAUCCCUGCGUCCGACGAGCUCGCGGCCGAUCUCCUCGCGCGCUUCGCUUGCAGCCCGGUGUUCAUGGAGCCCAGCCUCCACACGGACUUCUACGACCGAUUCUGCAAGCACUACCUGUGGCCGAUGCUCCACUACCUCCUGCCGUUCACGCCCUCCGGCGGCGGCGGCGGCCUGAGCUUCAAAGCCGACCUCUACCGCGCCUACCUCACCGCCAACACGCAGUACGCCGACCGCGUGUUCGAGCAUCUCAACCCCGACGAGGACCUCGUUUUCAUCCACGACUACCAUCUCUUCGCGCUCCCCACCAUCCUCCGCCACAAGUCGCCGCGCGCCCGCAUAGCCUUCUUCCUCCACUCUCCUUUCCCCACCUCGGAGAUCUUCCGUGCCAUCCCAGUUCGCGAGGAGCUCCUCCGCGCCCUCCUCAACGCCGACCUCGUGGGCUUCCAUAACUACGAUUACGCCCGCCACUUCCUUUCCGCCUGCGCUAGGCUCCUUGGCGUCUCCAGCCACACCCAUCGCGGCUACAUCGGCAUCGACUACUUCGGCCGCGCUGUUGUCGUCAAGAUCCUCUCCGUCGGUGUCGACAUGGGCCAGCUACGUGAGGUGUUGUCGUCGCCGGAGACGGCAGCGAAGGCCAAGGAGGUUGCCACGAGGUUCGCCGGUCGGCGGGUGUUGCUCGGAGUAGACGAUGUUGAUCUGUUCAAGGGGAUUGACCUCAAGCUCUUGGCCAUGGAGAGGCUGCUAGUGUUGCGGCCGGAGCUGUGUGGCCGGGUGGUGCUCGUGCAGAUCAACAACCCGGCGCGGAGUCCUGGGCGCGACACCGACACGGUUCGUGCGGAAGUGCAGGCGACGCGGGAUCGGAUCAAUGCCCGCUUCGCCAGUCCGGGGUAUGAACCGAUCGUGAUGAUCGACGAACCCUUGACGAUGCACGAGAAGCUGGCGUUCUACACCUCGGCGGACAUCUGCGUCGUCACCGCCGUGCGCGACGGCCUGAACAGGAUACCGUACAUCUACACCGUGUGCCGGCAGGAGGGUCCGAUCUCCGGCGGCGUGGCGGGCGCGCCGAGGGAGAGCGCCAUCGUCCUCUCCGAGUUCGUCGGGUGCUCGACGUCCCUGGGCGGCGCGGUUCACGUCAACCCGUGGAACGUGGACGACGUCGCCGAGGGGAUGAGCUCGGCGCUGAGGCUGGAUGGGCGCGACAAGCAGAUGCGGCAGGAGAAGCACUACAGGUAUGUUGUCACGCACGACAUUGCCUACUGGGGGCGAUCGCUCGACCAGGACCUGCAGAGGGCGGGCAAAGAUCACGCGUCGAUGAACUUCUUGAGCGUUGGGCUCGCCAUGAACUUCCGCAUCGUCGUGCUUGGUCCCAACUUCCAGAAGCUCUCACCUGAGCACAUUAAUCCAUCGUACCACCGUACCGGCAACAGGCUUAUCUUACUGGACUAUGAUGGCACAGUGAUGAUUCCUCAGGGGCUGAUCACCAGAGAUCCUAGCCAGGAACUGAUUAGCGUCCUGAAUGAACUGUGCUCGGAUCCAAAGAAUACCGUCUUUGUAGUCAGUGGGCGGAGGAAGGAUGAACUGGCUCGAUGGCUUGCGCCCUGUGAGAGGCUGGGGAUCUCUGCUGAGCACGGCUAUUUCACAAGGUGGAGCAGGGAUUCUCCAUGGGAGUCACCCAAUAUGUUGGUUGACUAUGAUUGGAAAAACAUUGUUGAGCCUGUAAUGAAGCAUUACUGCGAUGUGACUGACGGGUCAUACAUUGAGGCUAAAGAAACAGCACUAGUCUGGCACUACGAGGAAGCUGAUCCAGUUUUCGGAUCAAGUCAGGCCAAAGAGCUCCAGGACCACCUGCGUGACGUGCUUGCCAAAGAGCCAGUAUCUGUGAAAAGCGGCCAUCAGAUUGUGGAGGUUAAUCCUCAGGAGGUGGGCAAAGGAACAGCCGUGCAGAGGCUCAUUGCCGCCUUGGGAGCUCGCGGAACAAUGCCAGAUUUCAUCCUAUGCGUUGGCGACGAUGGGUCUGACGAAGACAUGUUCAAGGCUAUCAGUGCUCCUCCUUCCAGCAAGUCUGCGUUCCCAGAGGCUGCCGAGACAUUCGCCUGCACCGUCGGCAACAAGCCAAGCCUGGCCAAGUACUACCUGGAAGACCCCGACGAAGUUCUGAAGAUGCUCAAGGGCCUGAUCGACUCGUCGGCAGCGCAGCAGCGUCCCAUGGCCGGGGGAGGGCGACCUCAGGUCUCGUUCGAGGACCCCGGCUCUCGGUAGAGCAGUGCAUUUUAUUCAGGAUAUGAUAUGAUAGGUUACUGAUGGCCGAUCAUUAGCGCAAAUGACAGGGUUCUGGUUAAUUUUUAUUUUUUCAUGUUAGUAGUGUCAUUGUACAAUCCUCAGAAAUUUUCUCCUAGCUAGAUCGGAAGUAAAACAUGGUAGAAGGAAAAUCAUUGCUGGACGAUCUAUGAUUGGUGGCUGUUAUGCAGGCUCUACUACAUUGCGCAGCACUGUAGCAGCAGUGGCAGGGUAGCGGUAGUACAAUGGUUGUCAUUAACAUCUUCUGAGGUACAGUACCCA